AUGUCGACAACGGAGACCGCCACGCCCAUUGGCAUUGCCAAUCUCCCCAACCAGCGGCACAAGAUUGUCGCGAAACGGGGUGCGGCCUUUACCAUCAUGGUCGCGGGAGAAUCGGGACUAGGAAAGACAACGUUCAUCAACACCCUGUUCUCCACCACCAUCAAGAACUACGCCGACCACAAGCGCCGUCACCAGAAGCAGGUUGACCGAACUGUCGAGAUUGAGAUCACCAAGGCUGAGUUGGAGGAGAAGUUUUUCAAAGUCCGCCUGACCGUCAUCGAUACCCCCGGCUUUGGCGACUAUGUCAACAACCGUGACUCCUGGCAGCCCAUAAUCGAGUUCCUGGAUGACCAGCAUGAGUCGUAUAUGCUCCAGGAGCAGCAGCCCCGCCGCACCGACAAGAUUGACAUGCGUGUCCACGCCUGUCUGUACUUCAUCCGCCCGACCGGUCACACCCUGAAGCCGCUGGAUAUCGAGGUGAUGAAACGCCUGAGCUCCCGCGUCAACCUGAUCCCCGUUGUUGCCAAGGCCGAUACCCUGAGCCACGCCGACCUGGCUCGCUACAAGGAGAGAAUCCGUGCCGUGAUUGAGGCCCAGGGCAUCAAAAUCUACUCCCCGCCCGUCGAGGAGGAUGAUGAGCACGCCGCUACCCACGCCAAGGCCCUGAUGGCCGCCAUGCCUUUCGCCGUGAUCGGUUCGGAGAAGGAUGUCAAGGCCAACGACGGCCGUGUGGUUAAGGGUCGCCAAUACGCCUGGGGUGUGGCCGAGGUGGAGAAUGAGGACCACUGCGACUUCAAGAAGCUCCGCUCGAUCCUCAUCCGCACCCACAUGCUGGACCUCAUCCACACGACGGAGGAAUCGCAUUACGAGGCCUACCGUGCGCAGCAGAUGGAGACGCGCAAGUUUGGCGAGGCCCGACCCCGCAAGCUGGACAAUCCCAAGUUCAAGGAGGAAGAGGAGAGUCUGCGCAAGCGUUUCACCGAGCAGGUCAAGGUCGAAGAGCAGCGCUUCCGCCAGUGGGAGCAGAAGCUCAUCUCCGAGCGAGACCGCCUCAACAAAGACCUCGAGGCCACUCACGCUGCGAUCAAAUCGCUCGAGCAAGAGAUCGAGGGCUUGCAGGGCUCGAACACCCGCAGCCAUGGCCGCCGUUAG